CAUAGUUUAUGAUCGAUUUUUGUUCGUUGAUUUUUUACGCGCUUUUGCUGAUUUUGCAAACAUCAAAAAAAUUUCAAAUAAUGGAUGCAAGAACCGAAAUUAAUUACAUUUUGAAAACACUUUUAGUUGAUUUGAAGGAAAAUUUUAGCGAAGAAUUUGAUCAGAUGAAACUUUAUAGAAAUGUUGCAUUCAUUGAAAAAAAAGCUGGUGAAUUGUUGGAAAAAUUCAAUGGUAUCAUGGACAAAGUCGUAUUACAAUUGAAUUCACGUGUAGAAGCUAUCCAGCGUGAAGAUAAAUUGGAACAAGAUUUGAUCAUGAACGAUGGAUCUUCCGAUGUAUUAAUGAAAAUCAUAACUGAUAUGAAUAAAAUAGAAAAGUUGAAUGAAGCUAUACUUGAAACAACUGUGAAAAAUAAAGCAAUCGACGAAAAAAAGAAUGACCUAAAGCAGGCGUUGGAAAUAUUGAAUUCUGAGCCAUUGAAAACCAUGGAUCAACUGCUUCAACAAAUACAACAAACAUUAGAAUGAUUUGGAUUGUUUUUUUUCAUUUAAAGAAAUACCAUUUAUUUAUAAUAAAUAUUAUAAUUAUAAAAAUAGUAUAAUUUUUAA